CAAGUUUACAAAUAAGGUCGAAGAUGAACAACAUUAAUUAUUUUACUAUUACAUUAUAGAAAAGGACUAGACUCACAACUAAUAUAAACAAAUGUCUUUGCGAGUAUUUUCCUUGAUUUGAGACAAAUCUUGUCAUCAACUCAAAAAAGCUUUUUUUUUUACUUUUUUUUAGAGUCUUUGGACUGUUAUAGUAGUAGUAGUGUAUGCAUCUCCUUUUCCUAGGACCAUUACGUCACCAUCACCGUCACGAACCGAAACUUGUAACCGUCCGCCACUCUCCGCUGUAUAUCACCACCGCCACCGCCAGCUAACAGCCUAACACUGCCGCAAUUGCACCCUUUCUUUCUUAUCUUCCUAAUUAAUGCUUCUGAGCGCCCCUCCUUAAUUUCUGUUCGUUGAGCUCAGUGAUACCAAUUGUAAUUUUGGAGCUUAUUUCUUAGUUUUUUAUUUGGUUUUCCGACGAUGAAGUUGUCUUUAGUCAACGGCGUAGUCCUGUUGGGAAUGACGGCCACCUCCUCUAGGGCGGCGUUUGUGGUGGACUCACAGGACAUUGAAUUUGGGAACCCCUGGUGGUUUGUUUUUGCCGGUGUAUCUUGUUUCCUCGUCCUCUUCGCCGGCAUUAUGUCGGGGUUAACUUUAGGAUUGAUGUCUCUCGGUCUCGUCGAACUUGAAAUUCUUCAGCGCAGUGGCACCUCCGCCGAGAAAAAGCAAGCAGCUGUAAUCUUACCGGUGGUUCAAAAACAGCACCAACUGCUAGUCACAUUGCUGCUUUGCAAUGCUGCUGCUAUGGAGGCUCUUCCCAUUUACCUGGAUAAGAUUUUUCACCCUGUCGUAGCUGUUUUGUUAUCCGUCACUUUUGUUCUGCUUUUUGGGGAGAUUAUUCCCCAAGCUAUAUGCUCAAAAUAUGGACUUGCUGUGGGAGCAAAUUUUGUUUGGCUGGUGCGCAUUCUGAUGAUCAUAUGCUAUCCUAUUGCUUACCCAAUUGGGAAGGUUCUUGAUGCUGUAUUGGGGCAUAAUGAUGCUCUGUUCAGACGAGCUCAAUUAAAAGCCCUUGUUUCAAUUCACAGCCAAGAGGCUGGUAAAGGUGGUGAACUCACGCACGAUGAGACUACUAUCAUAAGUGGAGCUCUUGAUUUGACUGAAAAGACUGCGGAGGAGGCUAUGACACCUAUAGAGUCAACAUUUUCCCUGGAUGUCAACUCCAAGUUGGACUGGGAAGCAAUUGGGAAAAUCCUGGCACGAGGUCAUAGUCGUGUUCCUGUCUAUUCAGGAAGCCCAAAAAACAUUAUUGGACUUCUACUGGUGAAAAGUCUUCUCACCGUACGGGCAGAAACCGAGACUCCAGUUAGUUCUGUUUCUAUCAGGAGAAUACCAAGGGUUCCAGCAGAUAUGCCAUUGUAUGAUAUUCUUAAUGAAUUUCAGAAAGGAAGCAGUCACAUGGCUGCUGUCGUUCGGGUUAAAGGUAAAGGCGGAUAUGCUCAACCUCUUGUUCAAGAAGAAAAGGUUGGGGAAAGUGAGGUUAACAGUAUGGAUUCUCAUUUGAAUUCACCCCUGCUGCAAAAGUUCAAUGAUAGAUCAGAUAUUGCGAUCAAUAUAGACAAGCCAUCAUCCCAUACCUAUAUGGACAAGCAUAUGAUUAAACAAAAUGGAUCAACAAACUGUUUGACCCAUCUACCAGAGGAUGUUGAAGAUGGAGAAGUCAUUGGCAUCAUCACCCUCGAAGAUGUAUUUGAAGAGCUUUUGCAGGAAGAAAUUGUCGAUGAGACAGAUGUAUAUAUUGAUGUGCAUAAAAGAAUACGGGUGGCUGCAGCCGCAGCUGCUUCAUCCGUUGCUCGUGCACCUUCGAAUAGGAGGCUAACCGGUCAGAAGCCCCCUGUGAUUGCCGCAAAGAAAGGGCAGGUGUCAAAGAAGCUGUCUGGGGAGGAUUCACAACCAACAACAUUGUAAAAUUCCUGUCGCCUGUUCUUUUAGGAGAACAGGUUCUGUAGUUUUGGUAUCCCUGGACAGUACUGUGAAAUGAAUGCUGGAGAUGAUGCAGCGCGAUUGGGGGAAAUAAGAAAUUAGAAGAUAGGCAGUAUAUAGUAUGGGUCAAUAGUCAUAACUUUAGAUUGUAGAUCAUGAAUUAAGUACUUGUAAGAGGAGAUCAUUAGGUAAAUCCUUUGUGUCCUGUGAUAUUUGAAUUCUUGGUGAAGAAAGAAAAUUUUGGUUGACUUUUGAUAGGAUUGGAUGGAAGUAUGGAUAGAUAGAGGUCUGUCCAUACCAUUAAUAAUUAAAUUAUGAAAUUCCUUAAGAAAAUGGAUUAUAAUAU